AUGGCAAACAACAACAACACAAACAACCUCGCCCUGCGUUCCAUUCUGGAUAAAGAUAAAUUGAAUGGAACAAACUUUGUUGACUGGCAACACAAUCUCUCCAUUGUUCUCCGCAUGGAUGAGAAAGAGUAUGUGCUCGAAAAGCCCAUUUCUCGUGCCCCUCCCGCUAACGCCCCGAAAGCGGUUAAAGAUGCCUACGAGAAACACGUUAAGGAUGAUAACCAGAAGGAGCUGGCAACAGACCUGAUCAUGCAGUCGCUCCCUGAGCUGUAUAAGGGUUUUGUCAUGAACUACAUGAUGCAUGAUCUUGACAAACCCCUUCCGGAGCUUCUUAAAAUGCUCCAGGUUGCAGAGGAGAACCUUACUAAGGGCAAGGGUUCUUCCGUCCGUAUGGUCCAAGGCGGAAAGGGGAAGCCGAAGAAAGGGAUUAAGAUUAAGGCUAGGACGGUCGGAAAGCCUAAAUCGAAGUCCACUUCAACUGCAACCCAAAAACCCGUAGGAGGAGUUGCAAAGGGCAAAUGUCAUCACUGUGGUAAGGCAGGCCACUGGAGAAGAAACUGCAAGACAUACCUCGCAACCAAGAAGAAGGAAGGUACGACCAUUUCUUCUGAGGUGUAUGUUAUAGAAGUUAACAUGUCUAUAUCUUCAUCAUGGGUACUAGAUACUGGAUGUGGGUCUCAUAUCUGUACUACCA